AUGAGUGAACAGCGCGGCUCGAGUGCUUUCGAGAGAUCCUCGGACUGUACCGGCAACUCCAAGAAUCAACGUGAUGACUCCGAGAGAAGACCAUCAUGGCGCGGAAGAGGCUCAGAGAGUCCCACCCUACCAAGGAGAUCCGCAGAAAGAACAAGAUCUCUCGUCAGAGCGCCAAAGGAAAAAAAGUGGUGGAAGUUCACCUUGAGGUCUUGGGACGAUGAGCAAGAACAGGAUUGGUGGUUCGCAGGAACUGCAAUUCCGCUUCUCGCUGCGACCAUGGGUCCCCUCGCAAAUGUCCUGUCCAUUGCUGCCUUGGUCACACCCUGGCGUAUGUGUUUGCUUGACGGGGUUGACGAAGCAAGCUGCCCAUGGGAUGGAGUUACCGAGUUGCUCCUAGACCUUGAUGGGCACACCUUUGCAGAUCCCCACUGGUGCUACGCCCUCAACAUCUUCUCGCUCGCGCUGGGAUUCACCGGCAACGUCUUUUUACUGUUCAACUUCACGAAUCGUAUUCGUUACAUUGUUGCACUUCCACUUACUAUCGUUUUGUGGUACGCAGCUACUGGAAUUUUGAUCGGCAUCGAGGUUUCAAUGAAUCAGUACGUACCGCCUCACCACCCACAGCAGAGCUAUACGCAAGGAUUCUGGUAUGCCGUGAUUGCCGCGGUCUUCUACUUGAUAUGCUCAAUGCUGCUUAUGGUCAACAUGCUCGGAUACUUUCUUGGACACUAUCCGGAACGAUUUAAUCUCACCGAUUCCCAGCGGACGCUCAUCUUGCAGACCAUGCUAUUUUUCGUGUGGCUUGCCGGAGGUGCUGGUGUUUUCUCGCUGGUCGAGACGAAAUACGGACAGGACCUAUUCAACUGGUCCUAUGUCAACGCACUGUAUUUCUGCCAAGUGACGGUACUGACCAUUGGAUUUGGCGACUUGUAUGCGUCUAGCAAUAUCGGCCGUGGUCUAGUGAUGCCUUAUGCAGUGGGCGGUAUUAUCAUGCUCGGUCUGAUUGUCACUAGUCUGACCAGCUUCGCCGCUGAGCUUGGAGAAGAUAACAUCGUACAGAAGCAUAUUGAGAGGAGUCGUACACGAACGAUAGGGCGAUCAUUCACGAGCUCGAUCGAGCUCAGAGACCGUGAAGAGCUAGCGUUGGGUCUUAGGCCUACGAUCUCGAGACCCUUCGACCCGGUCAAUCGCAGCAUUGCAUUUGCCGACAAUGCUACUCGAUCAAAAGACGACGAUCCGAGCCAAGGACCCUUCAGUACCCUGAGACGUACAGCGUCUAUACCACUGACCGCAUUCCGACCAAAUCGUAAGCCUCGCCUGUUACUCUUGCGCGAAGAAAAAGAUCGCUUUGCGGCGAUGCGGCGCAUCCAACAAAAGACUCAGAAAUGGAAGAAAUGGUCUGGACUGGGUGUCUCAGUCGCGGCGUUCGCAAUACUCUGGUGCAUCGGAGCUCUCAUCUUCUGGAUCGCCGAGCGUCGUGUUCAGGGUAUCACUUACUUUCAGUCAUUAUAUCUUUGUUGGGUGUCACUUCUCACAGUCGGUUAUGGUGAUCUUGCUCCAAAGUCCAAUGCCGGGCGUCCAUUCUUCGUGGUUUGGUCUCUGAUCGCCGUGCCCACAAUGACGCUGCUUGUGUCCGACAUGUCGACCACUAUCGUCAAUAGUUUCAACCAGGGCACAUUUCGCUUGGCUGACUUCACCAUCCUGCCCAAGGCUGGCAUAUGGCGCACACUCAUCCCGCAGCUAGCGCCAUGGCUCCAAGAUCAAAGAGAACGCAAAGCCGCUCAACGUCGUCUGCAACGAGGCUUCGAAACUGGCGUCACAGAAGAAGAACCCACCAUCGAUAAACUAGCCAAAGAAGACGGCAAAAAGGCACCUAGUAACGGCGAACUAGCCAGAAGACUUGCCCACGCUAUUCAGAGAACAGCCAAGGACCUCAAGGAAUCUCCAGCUCGGUCUUAUACCUAUGAAGAAUGGGUGCAAUUUACACAAUUGAUUCGCUUCACAGCUACAGACGAGAGAGAAGAAGGUGGCAAUAGAUAUGAAGCUGAUCAGGAUGGUCUUAUAGAGUGGGACUGGAUUGGCGAGCACAGUCCACUUAUGGCUCAACAGAGCGAAGCAGCUUUCGUGCUGGAUAGAUUAUGCGAGAGUAUGACGAGAUAUGUGAGGAAGAUGACAGCGAUCUAUGGCAAUCGUGAUGAAGAAAGGAAAGACAUUGACGAUGUAGCAAGGAGACAAUCACUUGAAAUUGCAGAGUUGGAUGAGGAGAUUGCAGAAGCUUGA